GCUCGAACAACUUUGUUCUCCUGCCAGGCUUCUUUUUUCUUUUAGCUUUUUGUAAUGUUGAAUUGAGAAAGAAAUCUUUCGGAGUCUGAAGUUGGAGUUUGAAUCAUUAUCUACCAAGGAGAAAAUCUCAACAAUAAACUAUGAUUAUCUCUACACAAAGCAAAUUACAGGAUCGAAAGAUCACACCGCCAGGCUAUUUGAUGGCCAGUCUAGUUGAAGGCAGAGGAGGCAUUGGUUCUGGAAUGGCUGCCACAGCUGUUCUAGAUCGUCAAGCCUUGACUGAUAAUGAUGUCAAAUCUGGGGCUACACAAAACAAGUUCGAAACGAAAUAUACUGCUGUCACUCCAACCAACCUAGUCAACUCCAAUUCUGGGUACAACACUGACAAUGACCGCACUCCCUCUGGACAAGAGAAAGUUGAAGCAGCUUGGUAUAGUCCUGAGAUGUUCAACUUCUUCGAAAUACAAAUUUAUCGAAAUCACCCACUCAGUGCCAUAGAUUCGACAGUUCCGGCUGAUUCAUUUAUUUCAUUUACACUUUUGCCCAUCGAAUUACAAAGAAAGACUUGGUUCUAUGCUUUGCCCCCACCAGACAGCAAUAUCUGGGCUCAGGUCAAGGUGGAAUAUUACAACCAUGAUUCCAGGCCUAGAAUUUGGAUUGAUCAUGAUUACUCACCAUUCGGUUCCACUGCAUUGCCAUUUCCAUAUGCUCUACAAUCUGUAUGCCGCACAGCAAGAGAGAUGUUCUUGGAGCACUAUAGUCAGUUAAAAUUCGACGGCAUCAAUAAGAAAAUCAGUGAUCCGGGUGACGAUGAAUACCGAAAGGUGACAUUGAUAACAAACCCUGGCAUAUGGCUUGAUAGGGAAGUGGACACUUUACACCUCACAAACAUAUAUGAGCUUCCAGGAUAUAAGGAAAACGGUAAAGUUUCUUUGAACUUGACAGGGCUGAAAUUCUUGACUAUAGAUGUGAUGAAUAUAACAUGGAUGGGUGAGAUAAUGGGAGAUUCGGACCUAUUCUGGACAGCAUUGGAAGGCUUUUGUCCUGGACUUCAACGACUCACCGUCGUAAUCAAUGAUAUCCAUGAAUUCCCGCGUGUUCAUUCGUUUGAUGAAAUUUCCUCCCAACACCUAUUUCAGGACUUUAAUGAGGAGUUUAAUGAUAGAUUACGACACUGUCAGUGGAUUGAGCCGCGCACUGAUCGGACUAGCCUCGGGUUUGUUAUACAGAGAAAUCGCGACUUGUGUGAGAUUGAUUUUCCGAAGGCAAUGCAGUUGAACAUGGAUUAUUGGAGAAAGAUUGACAUCAGGCCAGUAUGGAUAGCUUGUAUUACUCCAUUUUAUGUCGACAGUCUUAGCGGGGAGGUGUUUCCCGGCCCCUUUGUGGUGGUUCGAACAAGUUACGACCUAGAGGUUUUUAUACCAUGUAAUGAGGAUGGAUCAUUCCUGGAUGAAUAUGACCAUAUUAAGGAGCUUUUCGACGAGGGAGACCAGGAAGAAUGUCUUAUUGUAAUUGACAAUGACUAGAGUCCUUAUGUUAGGGUUGGAGGAGUAGCAUUUUCGCAUGAAAGCUGGAGGGGAUCUAGAAUAUUUUCAAGACGCUAUUGCUCUCUUUGCGACGUUCGAUAUUCAAGAUUACCGAGCUCCAGUGCUCCCACAUUUUCAUAUGGAUAUUUGAGAAUCCCAAGAUUAUUUGGACUUAUGCACUUUUUGGCAGGGAAAUUUAGCUUUCUGGGGCGGAUGUCAAAGUGUUAACAUGUAUUAUCUUGCUCUAAUUCUGCGAUAGGUGAUAAUGAUCAGAAUGGAGAAUGGAGAUUGAUUGAGAGAUGGACCUCUAGGUAGCCUAACCUCAGUCAUAUUAGCUACAGAAUAAUGAAUGCA